UCCCUUAUUCCACUCCAAACCAAACCCUAAAAGGAGAUGAUAAAUGUUAAAGGCUUCUUCCCAAAAUCGGCACCUCCCAAUUAAUAGGAACCUUCCUUUGAUCCUUUCAGACCCAUUUCAAUCCCGUGCUGUCCCCACUUCUCCCUCUCACACCCCAAAAAAGAAACUAUUACAAAAAAAAAAAAUUCAAGGAAAAAUAUUUAUUUAUUUAUUUUUCAUUUUUCCGAGAGAAGCAUAGAAAAAUUUUCAUUCCAUUUCAUUACAUUCCAUGUGAAUGAUAAGAGGAAGGAAGGAAGGAGGGAACGGAGAAGAAGAGGAGAGUUGUGGAGGGCUAGCUUAAAUAUUUAUUCCAUGGCUGUCUGUGAGAGCAUUCAGCAGGUCUUCGAGACCCCCUCCUUGCCCGAGAAACCGGCUCUCAUCGAGACGCUCUCUCCAUGGAAGAACAAGGUGGUCGAGAAGUCCCCGUCAUUCACCGAGAUCUUCGGGGAGCUCCGUUUCCAGGAGGAUCCUGAACCUUCCUCCCUUUUCGAUCGUCCUCUCCCUAUGUCGUCGGGGCCGCCUUCCGUCGUAGGUUCUGACGUCCUAGCUUCCGGGGUGAAAGAUCAGGAAGAGGAGACGGAGCACUCCAUCAGCCAGUCCGUCCCCAGCACCCCGAAGAGCGACUACUUGGCCUCACACAGAAAGAGUGACAGCUUCUCGUCCAUGAACUCCGAGAGCCUGCAACUCUGCACGGAGGGGCUAGGAUUGGAGAGCUUCGAUGACCUGGAGGACUUGAGGAUCGAGACGGAUGAAAACUGCCAGUUCCGGGAGGAGAGGAGGCGGCUGUACUCGCCCUCAGGGAGACUCAGCCGCGAGUUCAGGCGAUCGAGGUCGAUGGGAGCAGGGUUCCCUCCCCCGAUCCCGAGCCUAAGCAUGACCGGGAAGCCCUGGGUGUGCUUCAAGUCGUACAGGCAUGACGGGAGAUUCGUCCUAAAGGAGAUCCGGUUCCCGACCCAGGAGUUCCUCCAGGCGUCUAGGGAAGACGGGCGGUUGAGGCUCCACUUUGUCCAGCCCAAGGAUGAGGUCCUAGAAGAGGAGGCCGAGGACGAAGCGGAGGAAGUAGAAGAGCGAGGACCGGUAGAAGAUCGAGAUGGAGGCGACGGAAAAGAAGGAGUAACAUGGUAGAUUAACCGUGUGAGGUGCCCUUUUUUUUGUUUCUUCGAGUUAAAGAAGGGUAGAUAGGUUCUUCGAUCAUCGGAAAGAUGAAAGACAUGAAAUCUCAACAGGUUUUUGCAUAGAAGUUGUAAAAUUCCUCAAGUUGUUUAAUCUCAAACUUUCCUUUUCUCCUU